CUUCUCUUUCUCCCCCGUCCCCCGCCCCCUCCCCCCAGGCCUGAUGAGCAGGUCUCGCGCCUCCAUCCAUCGGGGGAGCAUCCCCGCGAUGUCCUAUGUACGGGGACCCCCUAUGCACCGAACCCAAUACAUUCAUUCCCCGUAUGAUCGUCCUGGUUGGAAUCCUCGGUUCUGCAUCAUCUCGGGGAACCAGCUGCUCAUGCUGGAUGAGGAUGAGAUACACCCGCUUCUGAUCCGGGACCGGAGGAGCGAGUCCAGCCGCAACAAACUGCUGAGACGCACGGUCUCCGUGCCGGUGGAGGGGCGGCCCCACGGCGAGCAUGAAUACCACUUGGGUCGCUCGAGGAGGAAGAGUGUCCCAGGGGGGAAGCAGUACAGCAUGGAGGCCGCCCCCGCUGCGCCCUUCCGGCCCUCGCAAGGCUUCCUGAGCCGAAGGCUGAAAAGCUCCAUCAAACGCACGAAGUCACAACCUAAACUUGACCGGACCAGCAGCUUUCGCCAGAUCCUGCCUCGCUUCCGAAGUGCUGACCAUGACCGGGCCCGGCUGAUGCAGAGCUUCAAGGAGUCGCACUCCCACGAGUCCUUGCUGAGCCCUAGCAGUGCAGCGGAGGCCCUGGAGCUCAACUUGGAUGAAGACUCCAUUAUCAAGCCAGUGCACAGCUCCAUCCUGGGCCAGGAGUUCUGUUUUGAGGUGACGACAUCAUCAGGAACCAAGUGCUUUGCCUGUCGGUCUGCAGCUGAAAGGGACAAAUGGAUCGAGAAUCUACAACGGGCAGUAAAACCCAACAAGGACAACAGCCGCCGGGUAGACAAUGUGCUGAAGCUGUGGAUCAUAGAGGCCCGGGAGCUGCCCCCCAAGAAGCGGUACUACUGCGAGCUCUGCCUGGAUGACAUGCUCUACGCACGCACCACCUCCAAGCCCCGCGCGGCCUCGGGGGACACCGUCUUCUGGGGGGAGCAUUUCGAGUUUAACAACCUGCCGGCUGUCCGAGCCCUGCGGCUGCACCUGUACCGUGACUCAGACAAAAAGCGCAAGAAGGACAAGGCGGGCUAUGUCGGCCUGGUGACUGUGCCGGUGGCCACCCUGGCCGGGCGCCACUUCACAGAGCAGUGGUACCCUGUAACCCUGCCCACGGGCAGCGGGGGCUCCGGGGGCAUGGGCUCGGGCGGGGGUGGGGGCUCCGGGGGCGGCUCCGGGGGCAAGGGCAAAGGAGGCUGCCCGGCAGUGCGGCUGAAGGCACGGUACCAGACCAUGAGCAUCCUGCCCAUGGAGCUGUACAAAGAGUUCGCGGAGUACGUCACCAACCACUACCGGAUGCUGUGCGCGGUGCUGGAGCCUGCUCUGAACGUCAAGGGCAAGGAGGAGGUGGCUAGCGCGCUGGUGCACAUCCUGCAGAGCACGGGCAAGGCCAAGGACUUCCUUUCCGACAUGGCCAUGUCAGAGGUAGACCGGUUCAUGGAGCGGGAGCACCUCAUAUUCCGCGAGAACACGCUUGCCACUAAAGCCAUAGAAGAGUACAUGAGGCUGAUUGGUCAGAAAUACCUCAAGGAUGCUAUCGGGGAGUUCAUCCGUGCUCUGUACGAAUCCGAGGAGAACUGCGAGGUCGACCCCAUCAAGUGCACGGCGUCCAGUCUGGCCGAGCACCAGGCCAACCUGCGCAUGUGCUGUGAGUUGGCCCUGUGCAAGGUGGUCAACUCCCAUUGCGUGUUCCCGAGGGAGCUGAAGGAGGUGUUUGCGUCUUGGCGGCUGCGCUGCGCAGAGCGGGGCCGGGAGGACAUCGCCGACAGGCUGAUCAGCGCCUCGCUCUUCCUGCGCUUCCUCUGCCCGGCCAUUAUGUCGCCCAGUCUGUUUGGGCUCAUGCAGGAGUACCCGGACGAGCAGACCUCACGAACCCUCACCCUCAUCGCCAAGGUCAUCCAGAACCUGGCCAACUUUUCCAAGUUUACCUCAAAGGAGGACUUUCUGGGUUUCAUGAAUGAGUUUCUGGAGCUGGAGUGGGGUUCUAUGCAGCAGUUCCUGUACGAGAUCUCCAACCUGGACACACUGACCAAUAGCAGUAGCUUCGAGGGCUACAUUGACCUGGGCCGAGAGCUCUCCACCCUGCACGCCCUGCUCUGGGAGGUGCUGCCCCAGCUUAGCAAGGAGGCCCUCCUGAAGCUGGGCCCACUGCCCCGGCUCCUCAACGACAUCAGCACGGCCCUGAGGAAUCCCAACAUCCAAAGGCAGCCGAGCCGCCAGAGCGAGCGGCCCCGGCCUCAGCCUGUGGUGCUGCGGGGGCCAUCGGCUGAGAUGCAGGGCUACAUGAUGCGGGACCUCAACAGCUCCAUCGACCUUCAGUCCUUCAUGGCUCGAGGCCUCAACAGCUCCAUGGACAUGGCUCGCAUCCCGUCCCCAACCAAGGAAAAGCCGCCCCCGCCGCCACCUGGCGGGGGGAAAGACCUGUUCUAUGUGAGCCGGCCGCCCCUGGCCCGCUCCUCGCCGGCCUACUGCACGAGCAGCUCGGACAUCACGGAGCCAGAGCAGAAGAUGCUGAGUGUGAACAAGAGCGUGUCCAUGCUGGACCUGCAGGGCGACGGGCCUGGCGGGCGCCUCAACAGCAGCAGUGUUUCCAACCUGGCGGCUGUUGGGGACCUGCUGCACUCAAGCCAGGCCUCUCUGACUGCAGCCUUGGGGCUGCGGCCCGCGCCUCCUGGACGCCUCUCCCAGGGGAGCGGCUCAUCCAUCACGGCGGCCGGCAUGCGCCUCAGCCAGAUGGGUGUCACCACGGAUGGCGUCCCUGCUCAGCAGCUGCGCAUCCCCCUCUCCUUCCAGAACCCUCUCUUCCACAUGGCGGCUGACGGCCCAGGGCCCCCGGCAGGCCACGCAGGGGGCGGCGGCCACGGCCCACCCUCCUCCCACCACCAUCACCACCACCAUCACCACCACCGAGGUGGGGAGCCCCCAGGGGACACCUUCGCCCCAUUCCACGGCUACAGCAAGAGCGAGGACCUCUCCUCUGGGGUCCCCAAGCCCCCUGCCGCCUCCAUCCUGCACAGCCACAGCUAUAGUGAUGAGUUUGGACCCUCGGGCACUGACUUCACCCGUCGGCAGCUCUCACUCCAGGACAACCUGCAGCACAUGCUGUCCCCUCCCCAGAUCACCAUCGGUCCCCAGAGGCCAGCCCCCUCGGGGCCCGGGGCGGGGAGUGGCGGGGGUGGCGGGGGCAGUGGUGGCGGGGGCCAGCCGCCUCCGCUACAGAGAGGAAAGUCCCAGCAGUUGACAGUCAGCGCGGCCCAGAAACCCAGGCCGUCCAGCGGAAACCUGCUGCAGUCCCCGGAGCCCAGUUACGGCCCCGCCCGUCCGCGGCAACAGAGCCUCAGCAAGGAGGGCAGCAUCGGGGGCAGCGGGGGCAGCGGUGGCGGAGGGGGUGGGGGGCUUAAGCCCUCCAUCACCAAGCAGCAUUCUCAGACGCCGUCCACGCUGAACCCCACCAUGCCGGCCUCGGAGCGGACGGUGGCCUGGGUCUCCAACAUGCCUCACCUGUCCGCCGACAUCGAGAGCGCCCACAUCGAGCGGGAAGAGUACAAGCUCAAGGAGUACUCGAAAUCCAUGGAUGAGAGCCGACUAGACAGGGUGAAGGAGUACGAGGAGGAGAUCCACUCACUGAAAGAGCGGCUGCACAUGUCCAACCGGAAGCUGGAAGAGUACGAGCGGAGGCUGCUGUCCCAGGAGGAGCAGACCAGCAAGAUCCUGAUGCAGUAUCAGGCCCGCCUGGAGCAGAGUGAGAAGAGGCUGAGGCAGCAGCAGGUGGAGAAGGACUCACAGAUCAAGAGCAUCAUUGGCAGGCUGAUGCUGGUGGAGGAGGAGCUGCGCCGGGACCACCCCACCAUGGCUGAGCCCCUGCCUGAACCCAAGAAGAGGCUGCUCGACGCUCAGCUCCUCAUCAGACCCCACCUCCUGACACAGCUGUCCAGCACCACCCAGUGAGCACACCUGCCCCUCAGGCCUCCGCAGUCCCGCCGGACCCUACACAGGCCCCGAACACGGCCAGGCCACACCGUCCUCCAGAACACUCUCCCUGCCCUCCUGACCACGCCCUUCUCUUCCUCUGCCUCUCCAGUGUAUGUCUGUCACCCCCCAUUUCACCAGAGCGUCCUUGGGAGUGGGAUGUCGGGGGUGGGUUCGUUAACGGGGCAGAGGGGGUGGGUGGGGGCCCUGGCCAUAGGGGCUGUGUGGCGCACCGCAGGUAGGUUGGGGUUCCCUCUUUCUUCCCUGAUCCUGGCGCUCUGCCCCUCCUUCCUCCCGCUCCUCUCUCACUCACCCUCCUCUUACACCUGAGCGUAGACUGCACCUGGGGCUCUCGUUAGCCCUGCAGGGGGAACUGGGAGUGGCGGUUACUUCAGGGACUCGGAGGGGCCCUGGAAGACAUAGCGCUGAGCCGUCCUGACAGUAGCCAGGAUGAGUGGAAAAAGAAGGAAGCAAACCAGGGUAGAUGUUAGGAUGCGGACCUGCCCCUAUACCUGGGGAGGCCGAGGUGAGGAGAGACCUUCCCAGAUCACACCGUGGGCUCAGCAGCCAGGCCAUUCCCAGGCAGGAACAGCAUGUUGAGUAACCUCUAUUCUCUUUUUCUCGUUGUUGUUAUUCUUUGUUUUUUUGAGAAAGCGUCUAACUAUGUAUGUAGUUCAGGCUGGCCUCCAACUUGCAUCAGUCCUCCUGCCUCGGCCUCCCGAGUGCUGGCAUUAUGGGCAUGCAUCUAGUCUUGCUGUAGCUCACAUCCGUGGGUUGCUAACGCCACUCACUCCCCGUCUCCCACCACCCAGUGGCUUUGCUGGACACAUCACCCUGCCUAAAAAAGCCAGUAAAUGGGAACCUGUCAACCACAGACAUCACUUCUGAGACGCUCUAUUUCUGUGGGAGUGAGCCGCAGUGGGCAGUGGCCCCUCACGCUGUAAUUUUAACUCUGCUAGCCCAGCCUCUCUGUCAGAGUAGUUAGUGAUCUGUAAACAGAUGCUCAAAGGCACCAGGGGACCUCACCAUUUCAAGGGCUCCUGCCGGGAAUUCUUUUGUAAAAUGAAUAACGGCACCCUUAUUUAUCUGCUUUCUAAAUUUGGGUGCAUGGGGGUGUAGGGGGCAUGCCCAUGCGCCGUCACAGGCAGACAGCAGAGGGAAGGCAGUCUGAAGGUUCCUUCCUCUGCUCCCCUGCCGCGCUCUGCGCCCGAACUGUGCGUCACUUCCUGUCCCACUGACUGGCAAGCUAAGAGGGGCGCUUUGCCUAAGGCAGGGGUGUGGGUGACCUGAGAGGUGAGUUCUGUGUCCUGGGAGGGAGAGCAGAGCUGAUUUGGAGCCUUACUGUAUCCCGUGGUGCUUGGCCAAGCAUAGCCACCUUGCCAGGCCUAAAUGCCCUGUGCCCCAGAAAGUAGUUUGGACCUUUCUUCUAAACCACUUGUAGGUAUCGGUCCCUCUGCCACGCACAGCCAUUAACUGAAAAAUUAAUUUUGAGUCCAGAUUUUUAAAAAGCUAAGCGUGUGACCGGAAGCAGGGGGGGACUCGGGUGAUUUUCUUUUCUCCCUGCAGAGGAACAGAAGGAACCAGCAGUUGGUCCACGAGCCAUAGGAGAUGAGAAUAGGACCAGGGGUGGGAGUAGGGUCGCCAGCCCGCGCCCUCCAGCUGGGAGCCUGGGGAGGGGACUGAAAGGAAAGUGGGGGAGGACAGGAAUGGAGCCGUUUCUGCUUCCCGGGGGUGCAGACUGGGCCGGCUGUGUCUCCGUGCAAGCUCCUAGUCACUUCCGCCAAGUAAGAGAGAAAGAGGCAGCCUUCCCACGAGCUUUCCCUUCCCACGUCACUCCCUGAAUCCCCUUCCUUUCCCCCCAGUACAGUUAAACCUCUCUAAUUUGGGAUGUUAUAUUUGAGAAGAUGGCCACUCUGAAUAAGUGACAAAACUGAAUGACAGUGUCUAUUUAAUGAAAUGCAUGUCUUCAAAAUAUAUACAGAGAGGCAGCUUCCCCCCUUGGGUCCAACAAACCCGCGUGUGACGCUGGCCCCACCUUGGAACGGCCUGGCCCCCCCAGCCCCGCCCCC